CUGGAGGCGCGGGGGCGAGUGCGGGUCGGAGCGGUGGCCCGGUGCGGCUGGUGCUGGGGCCCACCCUGCAGGCGUUACACCAGGCCGUAGCCACCUGCCUCCACGCCCUCCGUGCACCCCUAGUGGAGCUGGAGCAGCGGGUCACCACCGCAGCAGCAGCCCUCGCUGCCGUUGACACCACCCCGCAUGCAACCACCACCCCACCUCCCUCCCUGCAGCCCGCCUCCUCCCCAUCCCUGCCCUCCCUGUACGAGCUGCUGGUGUGCUGUCAGCCUGUCGUACGGCGAUCCGCUGCCUUGGUGGCGGCAUACACAGAGGUGGCUCGACCCCUGGUUGCUCAGGCUGCUGCUGCCUCGGCAGCCUCGGCAGCAACAGCAGCCUCGGCCUCCGCACCCUCAGGAGCAGGACCACUGAGCACCGCGACUGGGGUUGCAACGGGUGCAUGGUCGGAGGGUCCGGCAGCCUCAGCUGCUGCGGCUGCUGCUGCGGGGCGGGUGCGGGGAGCGGGUGCUGCGGCACAGGGGCAAGUCCAGACGGGGACUGCUGCUGGGGCUGGGGCUGCGGGUGGUGGUAUAGCAGCAGCAGCAGCGGCAGGAGGAGGAGGAGGAGGAGGGCGAUCCGUUCAGCUGCAGCUGCAGGCGGGUGUGGUGUUGGAGCGGCUGCACGCCAUGAACGACCGGGGCUGGCUGGCUGGGGUGUUCAGGCCCCUGGAGUCCCAUUCCCACCGCUGCCUGCUGCUGUACCUCUACCUGGCCGCCCUGGAGCCGCUGCUGGACGGGCUGGGGGAGUGGCUGUGGUCGCCAG